CACUACUUCCUGUUUAUAUUUUUUGCGACCGACGAUGUCUGAGUACGAUUCGGUAUCUAGAAGUUCUCUGAACCUAAAAGGCGUAUCGGAUAAGAAAAUUAAUAAGAAAAAGAAAAAGAAGGACAAAGAAAGGGAAGCUAUGAAAAUGUAUGAACAGGUCUCUAACACAAAGUCUUCAGAGGAAGAUGGAAAGAAGACAAAGCCGGUAGAUAAACGGACAAAAGCAGAAAAAGCAUUUGAUGGAGCAAGAGAAAAAAGGGAAGCAGAGCUCAUCAUAGAUAAAGCCAGUAAAACUCACAAGGAACGUAUCAUGUUAUUCAACAGUCAUUUGGAUGCAAUGACGGAACAUUUUGAUAUUCCUAAAGUGAGUUGGACCAAGUGACCUGUGUUUGGACCCAAAAUCAUUGUGACAUGUACAGUUGUGGACCAGCAUACACCUGAGACUGUAUACCAAUGGAACUGCAUACAUAUGGAUUCUGUACCAAUAAUGUUUACAUUAUCAUGUUGUGCUAGUGAAAUUAAGACAUAUUAUCACCUGGCUGUUGAAAUUGUGUAUAGGUCACAUGCAGACCAUGCUGUCAUGAGGCUUGUAGGUGACAGAAAAACUAUGGCAGAUGAUGAAUAGGCAAACCAUAUGACAGGUGACAUCUUACCAGUGACAAAGUGAAAAAAUGUUUUCCAUAAAUAUUUUGAAAUGUCAUUUUUCUGAUGAAACUUGUGAAUUGACAGUAAAACUUACAGGAUGAUUUUUCACAAGAUGAAUUGACUUUUAUAUAUAAUUUUAGUAAAACAGAAAAUGUCAAAGUGUUUUAUUUCAAUAAAUGUGUUCUUUCCUAAACUUGGAUUAUCUAAGAAAUACAAAAGAUUUGAUUAUUGGGCUUCUCUCCAUACUACAUGUUUAUUCAUGGAAGGUAGUUAUAUUUUAAACAGUUCUCUUAAAGUUCUGUUCAAUGUAUCAAUACAUGUACAUGGAAAUAUCAAAAUUAUGAAAUAAAUGUUUUAAUAUGAGAGUAAAUUUUGUACAUUGUGCUAUUU